UCUGAUUUCGUGGCAAGUGUUACAAUCAAAUUGUUCAAUCUUAUCGGCUUUGCAUGACGAAUAAAAAAUUAAAACACGACUUGACCUGAUUUUUACCAUUGCAUUCGUUAAGUUUUUUAAUAAAAAAAGUGAAAGUGAAGUAAAAAACGCGAUCAAGCUAAUAAUGCAAGUCAUUUUGACAUAACAUUUGUUGAUUUACAUGAAUGCUUAAUGGUGUCUAGGUACUGAUUUGGAUGAUUAAAGUCCUUAAGAAAAAUGCCAGGGAAUUUGCAGUAUAGUAUUAGCCUUUUAAAGGACAACGAAGAAAGUGUGAGGCAAGAUGCUCAGCGAGUACUUUUAAAAAUUUGUGAUAACAUUCUCAAAUUUCCAAAGGAAAUUAAGUACAGAAAAAUCAAUUUAUCAGAUACUAUUUUUUCCACUCAACUACUGCCAGCUGCUGGUGCUGUCGAAUGUUUGUUUGAAGCUGGUUUUGAAGAGAACGAUGAUGAAUUCAUACUGCCACUAGAUGCUUCAUUAUCAAGUGUUGAAAAAUUAUACAGUUUAUUGAAUAAUCAAUUAAAACCAGCGUCUACUCCAUCAGCUCCAAAGUCGGACUUAAAUUCAAAACAACCAUUGUCAUUAUUAAAUAUUGGGCUUGUAGAAGAAGAAUACAAAAAGAAAAAUUUUUUCCAGCAAAUACAGGAGAUGUUUAAGAGUGUUUUGAGAUACGAAAAUGAAAGCUUGCAGAGUAAGGUGAAAUCCAUACUACCCCUUCCAGCCAUUGAAAUUGCAGCCAUGGAAAAAUUGAGAGAAAUACAAAAAGAAGUGAAAACAAAAAAAGUACCUGACAAUAAUGUAGUUUACGAAGACGCGCUACUAGCCGAAUUACUCAGUUGGUUCAAAAAUAAAUUCUUCAAGUGGGUCAAUAGUCCUGCAUGUGAAAACUGUAUGGGGGAAUGUUCUUAUGAAAAAUCAUUAAGUUCCACAAAUCCAAAUAUAUCCAGGAUUGAAAUUCACAAAUGCAAAAGCUGUGGAAGCAAAAAUGAGUUUCCCAGGUACACAGAUCCUGAAUGCUUAUUAUAUUCAAGGCGGGGUCGAUGUGGUGAAUGGGCCAAUUGUUUCACUCUGAUAUGUCGAACGGUUGGAUUUGACGCACGACUCGUUGUCGACAAAACCGAUCACGUCUGGACUGAAGUCUGGUCGCCAGCACACAACAGAUGGAUUCACGCAGAUGCCUGCGAGAACACGAUGGACCGGCCUCUAUUGUACGAAACGGGCUGGGGCAAAAAGUUGUCGUACGUCAUUGCCUACUCCAAGGACGAAGUGCAAGAUGUCACCUGGAGGUAUACGCGCAACUUCCACGAUGUCAUGAAACGUAGGAAAAUUAUGAGUGAGGCAGCUCUGUCCUCAUUUACUGCUCAGUUGAAUCAUCAAAGACAAAACUCGAAUGUAUACAGCAGUGCAAGGAAAAAGUUUGUUAACAAACGCAGUGCACUCGAACUUGCGGAAAUGCUGACUGCACCACCAGGUUGCAAGAAGCCCAGUGAAUUGGAAAACGACACAGAGUACGGUGGUAGAACAUCUGGAUCCUUGACUUGGAGACUGGGUCGAGGGGAAACCGGUAACAGAAACGUCGAACCGGCUCAAUGGACCAUACCUCAAGGAGUCAAGAGUUACGAACUCGUCUACUCAAUUGUUUCCGACACUUACGUAGCGAGAGAUUCUGGAAAUAACAAGGUCUUAACGGAAAAGCAAAAGUGGCAAGACGGUAUUGCGACAACAGAUGGUGGAGUUUUCAGAAAGGAAGAGCAAGACUGGAAUAUGGUUUACUUAGCAAGGUCGCCUGGAUCGGCAGCUGGCGAGGUAACUUGGACUCUAGUGGUUGAAGAUACUGCAAACGUACACGUAGAUUCUGUAAAGUUACAAGCUGUUACAGCAACUUUCAACGGAGCGGCUCUUCGAUGGAAAAUUACAGGCAUCAUUGGCUCAAAUGUAGGCGAGAGCAAGGUAGUGGUUGUUGACAGCAGCGAAAACUUUGAGACACAAGACUUGAAAGGUGCCAUCAAGCUUAGUGUAAGCGUUACGAUGUCGGGAGGUGAGGGUGACGUAGCGUGGCAGCAUGCUCAGCUAUUCAGACAAAGUUUGAAAACAAGCUCGAUGCUGCCUUCUCUGGUGAUAAAAGUAAACUUGACGAAUACGUGAAUUUCUUCAUAUUAACAUUUUUU